AUGCCUGCAUCGGAGUGGGGCAGUUGUCUGCCGGCGGCCAGCUACAUGACGAGCCUAAGGACAGGCGAAAUCCGCUCCACUUUGUCACUUCCAUAUGACCUUCGUAGCCCCUUCCUCUUUUGUAGGCUUUGGCGUAUGGGCGGAUAUGCAAACAGGGCCUGGUGUGUUGCACAACUCUCCCACUCCAUGAACACUCUCCCUUGUCCUGUCUCCGCAUUCUGA